AUGAGAAUUCAUAAUCAAAACAAUUUUGAGAUCCUUAUUAUCCUAAGUUUGUUAGCACUUUUGAUCUCAGUUAGUUCAAAUAACCAACGUUAUGUUAUAAUUUUCAAUAAUAAUCACUCAUCUCCACAACCAUUACCAAAUCACGAAUUGCAUUUUGCAUGGAUCAUUAAAAAAUAUAAUAAACAUGUAAUCAAAAGUCAUGCAGAAUUUUCCUAUACUAACAACAAAAUUAGACGAAACAACAACCACAUUAAAUUGGUCAACACAAAUAAAAAAUCUGACAACAAUACAAUUCAUUAUUUUUCGAUUGGCGAUAAUUUUCGCGGUUAUGUUGGCGAAUUUGAUCCUGAAUUCGUCGAAAUAUUAAAUCAACGCGAAGAAGUCGCGUAUGUCACGAAAGAUGAUCAAGUUCAUGUCGCAUUGGAAAAUGAAGAUUAUGUAUGCUACCAUGAAAAAAUCAACGGCGAAACUAAAGAGGAAUUUGGUACUCGAAUUCAAGAGAAUCCUCCUUGGAACUUGGAUCGAAUCGAUCAACGUAAUCUGCCACUUGAUAAUAUUUAUGAAUCUCCGGUGACCGGUGGUCGUCGAGUAAAAGUUUAUGUUAUUGAUACUGGAAUAAAUACGCUUAAUCCAGACUUUGAAGGGCGCGCAGUCUGGGGUACAACAACACGCAAAGAUGCACCUGAUUUUGAUGAUUAUGGCCACGGCACUCAUGUAGCUGGAGUCAUAGCAGGAAGAGUAUACGGCGUGGCGAAAGUAGCGACAGUAAUUGCAGUGAAAGCUCUCUCACGUACUGGUAGCGGAGCAUGGAGUGACGUGAUCGCAGCGAUGGAUUGGAUCGCAGUAAGACACAAAAGCGAUAAAAUGCAAAAAACAAUCGUCAAUCUUUCAUUAACAGGAAACUACUUCUUACCUGCAAAUCAAGCAAUUAAGGCGUUAACAGAAUUAGGCAUACAUGUUGUAGUCGCAGCCGGAAACUACGCAAAAGCGAACGCAUGUAAUUUUUCUCCAGCUUCGGCUCCAGAAGCAAUUACAGUAGGCGCGACGAAUAUAACCGAUCAUAUUGCACAAUUUUCGAACGGAGGUAGUUGUGUAGAUGUUUUUGCCCCAGGCCAAAAUAUAACGUCUACAUGGAACAAAAUCGAAGAGAUGCCUGUACGAAUUAUGUCCGGUACUAGUAUGGCUGCACCACACGUCGCAGGUGUUGUUGCUCUAUUGAUUAGUCAAUACGGAAAUAAAUCGCCUGCGGAAAUGCAGCAAACCGUUAAGGAUAUGGCUACAAAAGGUGUAUUGAAAAAUGUCGCAGAGUAUCCAAAAAAUACGACUAAUGCUUUACUUUUUGUUUGUUAA